AUGAGCCGUGACACACAAAAAGCCCCGCAAACGACUGGAUCCCAAGGCGAGGAAGGGGGAGAGGAGGACGAGUGGGAGGAAGAGACCAAGUACGUCGUACUGGAUCUUGGAACCGAGGUCGAUGCCGAGACGGUGCAAGCAGCUGCAGCCAAAUACGAAGGCCUUUCCAUCAUAGGCUUGGACACGGCAACACCAGUGCUUCGAAUCGGAAAUAUGGUCUUUAAAGGAGCACUGGACCGCACGCUGGGGACGGAUCUGAUAUUUUCAAAGUCGAAUCCCAACGAGAGCAGGCCAAAACGCGCACCUCAGGGUCCUAUGCCCAUGUCCAUGGAUCCAAGCCGCGCGGAUAUAGAUAUGACGUUCAUCGGUACAUCUUCUCUGAAAGCGAAAUUCAAACGAGUGGAUAUGGUUAGGAAGCCGGAUCGUUCGAGCCCGAUGGACGUUGAUCCACCCACGCAAUGAGUUGGGAUCCGCAGUCGGAGAAGAAUUGGCUGAGCAGUUUCUGAUAAACUGAGAAGGAGAGAUAAGCUGAAGAGCGGCCGGGAAAGAGGAGCGAUGGGUCGAAGAGGAAACUGGCUCGACAUCUCCGAAUUGCCGAAGAUAAGCGAUGGGUUCAAGGACGAUUAACAGAUUAUCGACGCAGAAGCGAAAGGGGGCUGGUAGAUGCGCCGGCUAGAAAAUCUUAGGGCUGGUAGAUGCGCCGGCUAGAAAAUCU